AUGCACUAUAUUCCACACCAUGCAGUGAAGAAGGAUUCAGCCACGACGCCUAUACGUAUAGUAUAUGAUUGUAGUUGCCAAGAAACAUCACAGAAACCCAGUUUUAACAACUGUUUAGACUCUACCCCACCAACAUUGAACGACAUUUCACAUAUCAUGAUUCGAUUCCGACUUGGCAAGUAUGCAGUGUCCACGGAUAUAGAAAAGGCUUUUCUCAAUUUAAGACUGGAUAAAGAAGAUAGAGAUAUGACCAGAUUUCUGUGGCUGAGUUAUCCAGGUAACCCAGACAGUCCAUUCACAACAUACAGGUUCAAAUCCGUACUCUUCGGUGCCACGUGUUCACCGUUCAUCUUAAAUGCCUCAUUACUCAAGCAUCUAGAAAACAACGCUUCUAGUUGGAUCAGCAGAUUUCUUAAACGGGACUUGUAG